CAUUCCGCCUGGGUCUGCCGAGCCUGUUCGCGUACCACCGCAAGCCGCUUGUGUCGAAGCAGGGAACGAGCUUCGCGACUGCCGGGGCUGGCGCGCGAAACUGGGUGUACACGGGGAAGACCCGCAGUCUCCAAACCCAGAUAGCGUACAUGCAGGAGUACAAGGACAAGCGCAAGAACAACCCCCAAGUGAUGCUAGACCAAUCACUGAUUAUGAUCAGCGCCGGAACCAACGACUACGUGUUGGCACUUCUCGGGCAGUCGGGCGGGCAGAGUGUGGAGCAGGUGUUGUCUGCAACGACAGGGGCGAUUGUGAAGGCCGUGCAGUUGGACAGGCAGAGCUUGGAGCAGGUGUUGUCUGCUAUGACAGGGGCGAUAGUGAAGGCAGUGCAGGUGAGUCAAUGGGAGUCAACGCUAGUCAAUGGCAGUCAACAGCUGUUGGACAGGCAGAGCCCGGAGCAGGUGUUAUCAGCUACGACAGGGGCGAUAGUCAAAGCCGUACAGGUGCGUCAACGCAAGUCAACGCGAGUCAAUGGCAGUCAACAGCAGUUGGACAGGGAGAUAUUAGAGCAGGUGUUAUCGGCAACAACAGGGGCGAUAGUGAAAGCUGUGCAGGCAGAGCUUAGAUCGGUGUUAUCGGCCACAACAGGGGCGAUAGCCAACGCCAUGACCAAGAGCACCAUGAUCGUGGACCUCAACGCCAUGACCAAGAGCACCAUGAUCGUGGUAUUCGACGUGCCGCCCCUCGGGUGCAUCCCAGCCGACCUCAACGCCAUGACCAAGAGCAACAAGAUUGUUGUCUGUGACGUGCCGCCCCUCGGGUGCAUCCCUGCCGUGCGCUAUUUCAAGAACACUCCUGCAGGGCAGUGUGACGAGGCGGCGAAUAAGAAAGGCUCCCCACUCCCCAACCCCCACUCUCACCAGGACCUCAACGCCAUGACCAAAACCACCAAGAUCGUUGUGUUUGACGUGCCUCCCCUCGGGUGCAUCCCUGCUGUGCGAUAUUUCAAGAAGACACCAGCAGGGCAGUGCGAUGAGGCAGCAAAUAAACUUGCGGACCAGCACAACACGGGCGUGCGGGUGAAGCUGGAUAAGCUGCGGCAGCAGGGGGUCACCAAUCUCAUAUUGUUCAAACAGAGCACCGUGUAUCGAGUCAAGGGCACCACUGCAGGUGGGUGUGUGUCUCUCCGUGUGUGGUUAUGUGCGGUUAUGUGUGGUGGUGGACCAGCACAACACGGGCGUGAGGGUGAAGCUGGAUAA